GUAGCAGCAAACGACGGUACUACAUUGGAUAUUAUACUAAAAAUUUUGAGUUAAUUAACGCUUUAUUUAUCCUAUCUCCCGACGAGUUAGUGUGACUGUUUUUUAUUUUUUUAAUAAAAUAAAUCUUUAAAAUAUAAAAAUGGAACCUCCGAAGCCAAAGAAAACUGGCAAUCCCCAUGCAUGUGAAGAAGGUAUGGACGAUUUACCAAAAGACUAUAGAAGUAAGGAAAAAAGAAGUGCCCAUGUUCCUCCUCCCCCUCGACGCAGGCGCCCACGACCACCCGUGGUAGAUCCUGAUGUAUCAUCGGACAGUAGCGCUUCUAUCGAGGACUCAUCACCAGACAAUCCACCGGAGACCGAACCUGAACAACCAGCAUCGGCAGAAGAACAGAGUACUACUCCCGAAGCUCAAGAGGAACCUAAUGUUGUUGACGAGGAAUCUGUACCCGAGCUCACGGAGAGGUGUCCAGAGCCACCUCCAGAAGAACCAGAGAAAUUAUCACCGGAGAAUCUUGCGAAAAGAAGACGGGCCUCGUUGUUAAUGUUGCCCGAAGAUACAUCAGCACUAACACUUCCUCUUGAAAGAACUAUGAGGUUACUGGCGAGGGACGCCGCGGCUACGCCUUUGUUAAGCAUGGGCGGGCCAUCGACAAGUUAUCAAGUAGACUGGUCACAACCAUCGACUAGUCAGCAAGCAGGCUCGUCACGCCCAUCGACUAGCCAGCAAGAAGACUGGGCACGUCCAUCGACUAGCCAGCAGGAAGACUGGGCACGCCCAUCGACUAGCCAGCAAGAAGACUUGGCACGCCCAUCGACUAGUCAGCAAACAGAAUGGUUGCGCCCAUCGACUAGUCUUCAAACAGACUCGCCACGGCGGUCUUUAUCUUCGUCAUGUGACUCCGCGGGUGUACCAGGUGCAUCGCGAUGGUCUACGUCGGUAUGUGCCGAUGACGAAUCAAUGGAUUCAGAUAUUAGACUACCAUCGUAUCCGCCGAGUCAAGAAUCGCGAAGUCAAUCGACUGCAACAGAAAUUGAUGAAGAUCCUGAUACGCAGCCAAUGGAAUGGUCGCCACUCCCGGAGCCGUCUGCUGGUAAACGUCUUAGUGUGACGUCAGAUUCAUCUAUGCCGGAGAUACUCAAAGGAGUAGAAGAUACACAGCAAACAGAGAGAGAUGAGCCGGCGGCAGCGAAAUUGAAGCAUACAGAGGGCGUUGUUAAAUUGACAGUGUGCACACCUAAUCUCAAGGACAAGAAAGAGGACGCUCCUUCUGCUGAGGAAACCGGCUCUGCUGCCACUUCUGUUCCAGCUGGGAGUACAGCGUCGCAUCCUGCCAGCGGGAACCAAACUCCUGACCCAGGGCUCACAGCCGCCGGCUCGUCCCGCCCGCAUUCUCCGAGGCCCGCGCCAUCGCCCGUCAGAACGGAACCGCCAGCCGACCCCGCAACAGCGCCAAUCGUACCCAAUCAAGAAACAGUCAUAGAAAUUGCAACGAAUUCUCAAAAUUUAGGAUUAUUUUUGCUCGGCGGUAGCGACACGUCUAUUAACGGUCCAGCAGCAGUAGUGUUGGACGUGGUAAAGGAUCGUCCAGUUGGGCGCGACGGGAGACUCCAGCACGGUGACCAGAUCCGAGCCGCCUGCGGGAUAUCGCUUACAGACGCUAUGACCGAGGACAGGCUCAACAUGACCAUCAAACAAUGGGCACCUAAGCUAAAAUUCACAGUUUUCCGUCCGGAUCCGAUCCCUUACGUAACUAUAGAGGUGGACAUAAAUCGCAAGCAAAAACCCCUAGGUUUUAGUUUUGCGGCGUUUUCUAACGACAAAGGUGUCUACAUUGCCCAGAUUUUGCCUGGUUCCCCAACUGAGCAAGACGGUCGGCUCAAGCGAGGAGACCACAUACUAACAGUGGACGGAAAGGAUAUCUCCGGCAUGGACUUUACAUCUGCCUCCAUCGCCCUCAAACUGCUUGGGCCCAAAGUAUCAAUUAAAGUUAGAAGACUAAAGAUCGUUAGGUAAUUACAAAUUGAGCUGGCGGCGUACGGGUUAAUUGCGAGUUCGCAGAUUUAGAAAUAUUAUCACAACUUUUUGACGAAUUACAGAGCUUUUAGGAUUUUCUUCCAUCUAAGACGGUAAGAUCGAAACUUCCCAGUAACUAUGUAACAUGCAUAGAAACAACCUGUUUUUUUUUUUUUUUUAAUUAAUUUGUAUUUUUGCUGUAAACACAAUUAAAACUCUAUACUGACUGUUAUCUGAUACCAUGAUUGUAAGUAUUGAAAUUAAAAAAAAAAAAUUAUUAAAAUUUUUUUGUAAUGACUUUAUAAUUGACUCAAUGAUAUUUCUUUAAUCUGUGAACUUUAUUGUGAAUGGUAACAAAUGUUUAGAUGUAAUAAUUUCCGUGUAUUAAAAAUUGGGCACGCUAAGGAAGUGAAUCGACAAUAAAAAUUAAAAUUUCCUAAUCCAACUGCAUUUUAAUGAUAUCGAGUUAUAUUUCGCUAAUACUAAACGUUUUCAAGCCGCGAAUGAAUUUCUUUUAAUAAUUUUCCAUAAAUAAUUUUGCUUCACUUCCUAAACCCAAAUCUGUUUGGACCUAAAAAUAUUUUGCCGAUUCUAAUAUUUUAUAAUAGUCCAACAGCUCCACUGGUUUGUAUGAAUUACAUUAUUCUAUUUUUUAUUUUAUUUUUUUUACAAUUUUGAUGCAUUUUAUACGUAAAUGACUUCGUUAUCUUUUGACUUUGAACUAUAAAUUUUAAUGUAUGCACAAUAAAGAAUUGAUUUGAUUGACAAACACGAACACAACUAUGCAUAUAGUUCGUUUUUGAAAUCGGCCGAUAUAACCCAACAAGCUGUAGUCGUUUAAGAAAGAAUAUAUUAGUAUAAUAUAUUUUUUUUUUCAGUAUUUUUAGUUGAGUAAUUAUAUUUAGCGGGUUUGAGGCGUACAUUUGUAAAUAGUUACUUUUAAAUGUCUGUUACUAUAAUUGAAUUCUCUAGUCCUCCCUUGUAGAGUGGUAGAUGUCUUCUCUAUGAUAAAUUGCCUUCUAAUAUAAUAUACUAGGCUUCACAAUUCCAUUGUUCUGAGCCAUUGCUAGGAAGCUAGAAAGAAAUGGUACAAUAGUUUUAUUCGCAACUAGAUUUAAGCACUAUUUCUAAUUUUAGAAUAACAUUACCCUGAUCCAUAUUAGUUUACAUGAAAAUUACAAUGUAUUUAAAAUUAUUCGCUGUAUCGUAUUGUAUGAUAGAAUUUCAUAAAAAUAAAAAAUAAACUAAUUAAAUAUUAUGCAUUUAAAUAUAUAUAUAUAUAAAAAAAAACGAAUGAAUUGCGUAGCAUAAUUCUAAAUCAUUGUAAAGUGUAAAAAGCGUGUUUCUCCUUGUCCGUUAAUAUAUUGAUUUGUAAUUACAAAGUAAGAUAGUUGCUAUUUUUAGUAGACACACAUUAUGGUAAAAAUUAUAUGGCCUCAAUUGUAGCCAAACACGAGUAUAUUUGGGACGCAGUACAUAGUAACUUGUUACCCUGCGAAAGCGAAGCCGGAGUACAGUUGUAUAUACAAGGAAAAUUUAUUAUAUUUAUAUUAUUUACUAUAACUUGUAGUAUUUGCAUAAUAAUAUCUCAAAAUUUUUUGUAAAUUGUUUUUUUUUUAUAUUAUUUUAAAAGAGAACACUCCACAGUCUUUUCACUAAUUAAAUAUAUAUUUGUGCCAUAUACAAACGAUUGUUAUCAGAUAACUUGUAUAUUUUUUUAGCUAAAAGACUUGGCAAAGGUUAAAAAAUAAAUUAAUACUGCAUACUAAUCGUAGAUUUUUAUUGUUUCGUCAUAAUUUUAUAUCUAUUGCAACACUCUUUUGUAAGUUUUAUCCUAGAAAACAAAAAUAGAUAUAUAUCCAUUGUAUAUUAUUUUAAUUUUUUUUUUAUGAUGAAACUUACAUGAGAUGAAACUUCUUAUUUUUGUAACUAAUUAUUUUUGUAGAGUUCGAAACUGGCUAGAUUACACUCACUGUAUAUUCGUAUAAGAUUUAUCGCCUUCUUAAUUAGUACUUAGACAUUAGUAUUAGUGAAAUUAUUAUAAUUGGAAACAAUGAAAAACACAUAGGACAUGGAAUUUCAAUUCUCUAGAGCAUACCUAGUAGAAAUAGUGAGUUAUUUAAUGAAAUCUAUUUCUUAUAAAAUUUAUUGUUGGAUUUUAAAUGGUAUAUCUAUAUAAUUAUAAUAUUGUAUACUAUAUUGUAUGGAAAAUUGUAUGAAAUAGUAAUUCUGUAAUAAAUUCCGGCUUUUAUAAACGAAA